AUGGAGCUUACACAAAAAGAAUAUCAUCAGUUUUCCUUGAUUUUUUUUGAAAUAUUAUUUGGGGUGGAGCGGGCACGGGUCGAACUGGAGGGAGCCGGGGAAAAAUCUGGCGGUCCCCGAGGGCCGGGAGAGCGGGGUUCUGGGGCAGCGACGGCGGCAGCCGGAGGCGAACGGGCAGAUGGGGCGCAGGAGACGAAGGCCCGCACGGGGCCAGGGUCGGGGGCUGCGGGGGGAGCCGGGGCUGGAGCCGGGGCCGGGGCUUCCUCCAGGUUCGCCGGGUUGCAGGACCUGGGGGUGGCUAACGGCGAGGACCUGAAGGAGACACUGACCAACUGCACCGAGCCCCUCAAAGCCAUCGAGCAGUUCCAGACAGAGAAUGGUGUCCUACUGCCAUCAUUACAGUCUGCUUUGCCUUUCUUGGACCUGCAUGGGACACCUCGGCUAGAAUUCCACCAAUCAGUUUUUGAUGAGCUGAGGGACAAAUUGUUGGAGAGAGUGUCUGUCAUUGCUGCGGAAGGAAAGGUUGAGGAAAGGUACAAGAAGCUAGAAGAUCUCUUGGAAAAAAGUUUUUCCCUGGGGAAAAUGCCCUCUCUCCAGCCAGUGGUGAUGUGUGUCAUGAAACAUUUGCCAAAGGUUCCUGAAAAAAAAUUGAAACUGGUGAUGGCUGACAAGGAGCUGUAUCGGGCAUGUGCUGUGGAGGUAAAGCGACAGAUUUGGCAAGAUAACCAAGCUCUGUUUGGCGAUGAAGUUUCUCCACUGCUCAAACAGUACAUCUUGGAGAAGGAGAACAUCCUGUUUAGCAAUGAAGUAUGUGUCCUGCACAACUUCUUCAGUCCCUCUCCUAAAACAAGACGUCAGGGGGAGGUAGUACAGAAACUGACACGAAUGAUUGGGAAGAAUGUGAAACUCUACGACAUGGUAUUGCAGUUCCUUUGGACCUUAUUCCUGCGGACAAGGAAUGUUCAUUACUGUACCUUAAGGGCAGAGCUACUAAUGUCGUUACACGACCUGGACAUCAGUGAUAUUUGCAUGGUGGAUCCCUGUCAUAAGUUCACCUGGUGUCUUGAUGCUUGCAUACGAGAAAAGUUUGUUGAUAAUAAGAGAGCUCGGGAGCUGCAAGGAUUCUUGGAUGGAGUGAAGAACGGUCAGGAGCAAGUGCUCGGUGAUUUGUCUAUGAUUCUGUGUAAUCCUUUUGCGAUUAAUACGCUAUCCUUGAGUACCAUAAGACAUCUGCAAGAACUGGUGGGUCAGGAAACCUUACCCCGGGAAAGUCCUGAUUUGCUUUUACUGCUAAGAAUGCUCUCCCUUGGAUAGGGGGCUUGGGACAUGAUUGACAGUCAGGUCUUCAAGGAGCCAAAGAUGGAAGUAGAGCUGAUCACUAGGUUUUUGCCAAUGCUUAUGUCUUUUGUGGUGGAUGAUUAUACUUUCAAUGUAGAUCAGAAACUACCAACAGAAGAGAAGGCAUCAGUCACGUAUCCUAAUACCCUUCCUGAAAGCUUUACCAACUUCUUGCAGGAGCAUAGGAUGGCCUGUGAAAUGGGGCUUUAUUAUGUCCUUCACAUCACAAAGCAAAGGGAUAAAAAUGAUUUUCUCUGACUUCUGCCUGGAUUAGUGGAGACAUUUGGAGAACUGGCCUUCAGUGAUAUAUUCCUUCACCUACUUACUGGGAACCUUACUCUGCAGGCAGAUGCAUUUGCUGUGGAAGAAUUCUGUACCAGUUUAUUUGAUGGAUUCUUCCUAACCUGCCUCUCAAGAAAAGAGAAUGUACACCGCCAUGUUCUCAGGCUCCUGAUUCACCUCCAUCACAAAGUAGCCCCUGCUAAAUUGGAGUCCCUCCAAAAGACUUUGGAACCUACCAGUCCGAGUGACGAGACUGUGAAAGAUCUUUACAACCAGCUUGGAGAGAAACUGGAACACCUGGAUCAUUGCAAGCCCAGUCCAGCCCAGGUGGCAGAAGCUCCUGCUCUAGAGCUACCUCUUCCUGCUGUCCCAACCCCAGCAACACUUUGA